AUGCCUCCCUGGCUUCAAGAAGGCAAUGCCCUGGGCUUUUCGCCAUGGACAGAUCCAGAUUCAACGACGGCUCUCAGCCUCGAGCCACGUCGAGUGAAGCAGUUCACCAUGGCUGCUCUGACUCCCCAUCAGACAUAUGUUAUUCAUGUUGCGACUCUCACCGUCGCAUCCAUGAGUAUACUUGCAACAAUAAUCACCUCCUUCUGGUUCUUUCGAAUGAGGCGGAGUUUCCGCCAUGACCUCAUCAUGUUACUCAUUUACAGUGAUAUGUUCAAGAGUUUCUGGUUACUCAUCUUUCCCGCUGUGGAACUUGUCGCUGGCAAGAUUGAAACGACCGAGACCUUUUGUCAAGUCAGCGGGUUCUUCCUUGCUCUCAGCAUAGAAGCUUCUGACGUUUCGGUCGCCCUCAUCUCAGUACAUACUGCAUUGUACAUCUUUCGUGGAGAGCAAGGCCUCUACCCAUAUCGAAAGGCGGCCUACGCUCUCGCCGCCAUCGUACCUGUUGUGAUGGCCUCAUUAGCAUUUAUCGAAAGCCCCGGCUAUAUUAACACUGGCCAGUUUUGCUAUCUACCGUUCAAUCCGAUGUGGAAGAGACUGGCGCUUUCUUGGAUUCCUCGCUAUAUGGCUUUCACCGUUAUUCUCUGCCUAUGUAUAGGCGUAUACGUUUACGUUCGGGUGUUGAUGAGACGAUUCGGCUCCGGGAAUGACAGUUCGAAGAAUACUCUUUCAAAAAUGUCGGGUCUUGAGAGUCUCGAGCCCUUGCAACAAGGAAUCACCACUGUACCGCCGACUCCUACGAUAAAAUCCCAUGGUCUAAUCCCUUCUUCCAACGCUUCACGGCGCAAUUCCUUUACCGUAUCCGAAGAUCGGACAACAAGGCCUCCACUCGUGGCCUUCAACUCUUUCCAUUUGGAUAUGCCUGGGUCGACGACGCAUCCCAGUAGACUUCAUUCGGCACGACUGGCGCGAAGAGGAUCGACUCAGAUGUGGAUGGCUAACUAUGGUACUGAUCUGACAUCUCAGUCUGAACAGGCUGAAGUUGAUUCCCAGAAUUCGACGGGGACUACUCGCUGUGGUUCGGACGAGGUGAUCGCCCCUUCAGCCAUUCAUACCAACCCCGAGCCCGUCCACCAAACGCCUCUUCCUGAUGUUGUCUCACCAUCAUAUACUAUACAGACCGACUUCUUUCAUCGAUCUGAUGGGUCAAGCGCGCUGUCUAGACCGCCAUCUAUACCCAACCUUUUCGCCAUACUCCGCCGCACACCAGACAGUCCACACAGCAACGACACCAACCUUGUCUUGACUCAGAGCGCAUUCAACGCACCCGGUACUGUCAAGUCACGUGAGAAGAUCUUGCGACAACUCCGGUUACUAUUCAUUUAUCCGAUAGUCUACGUUGUCAUCUGGAUUCUGCCCUUCAUCGUACAACUUACUGGAUAUGGACGAGGAGCUCCCUAUGGCAUGAGACUAGCCAGUAUUAUAUUUUUGUGCUUCCACGGCUUGGCUGACGCCGUGGUAUUUUCUCUGAAGGAGAAGCCUUGGAGGCAUAGCCAGGCUUUCAAACGCAUCAACGUUCAAUUUUGGAAAAGACGACAAGAAGUGCCCGAUGUAGGUGCAAGAGUCGGGCGCACGAGAGAGGAGAUGACACUCGACUCUCGAUUCGCGAAAAAGAGACGACAACAGGAGCAAGCUGAAUGGGAAAUGGAUCGUCAGGCUGGCCAUGAGGCCCGCAAAGCAGCGAGGGCAGCCCCCCAGUGGUGGGAUGCCGAUGAGUAA